AAACAGAUCAAAGGUGAGACACGGUGCGGCUCCAGACCGGGCCUGGCCAGGGGGACAGGUUCACAAUGAGGCUGCUGGUCUUCCUGGGCUUGCUGUGGGGCUCGGCCGCCACACCCCCGGGCCCACAGUGGCCUGAGCCGGUGUUUGGACGCCUGGUGUCCCCUGGCUUCCCCGGGGAGUAUGCCAACAACCAGGAGCGGCGCUGGACGCUGACCGCGCCCCCCGGCUACCAUCUGCGCCUCUACUUCACCCACUUCCACCUGGAGCUCUCCUACCUCUGCGAGUAUGACUACGUCAAGCUGAGCUCAGGGACCCAGGUGCUGGCCACGCUGUGCGGGCAGGAGAGCACGGACACGGAGCGCGCCCCUGGGAAUGACACCUUCUACUCACCGGCCUCCAGCCUAGACGUGACCUUCCGCUCCGACUACUCCAACGAGAGGCCGUUCACGGGCUUUGAGGCCUUCUAUGCAGCAGAGGACAUUGACGAGUGCCAGGUCGCCCCAGGACAGGCUGCUCCCUGCGACCACCACUGCCACAACCACCUGGGUGGCUUCUACUGCUCCUGCCGCCGGGGCUACGUCCUCCACGAGAACAAGCGCACCUGCUCAGCCCUGUGUUCAGGUCAGGUCUUUGCCGACCGGUCGGGAGUGCUCAGCAGCCCUGAAUACCCACAGCCGUACCCCAAACUCUCCAGUUGCACCUACGGCAUCCACCUGGAGGAAGGAUUCAGCAUCAUCCUGGACUUUGUGGGGUCCUUUGAUGUGGAGACGCACCCGGACACCCAGUGCCCCUACGCCUCCCUCAAGAUUCAAACAGACAAGGAGGAAUAUGGCCCAUUUUGUGGGACAACGUUGCCCCCUAGGAUUGAAACUAAAAGCAAUGCCGUGACCAUCAUCUUUGUCACUGAUGAGUCGGGGGACCACACAGGCUGGAAGAUCCACUACACCAGCACAGCUCAGCCCUGCCCUGGUCCCGUGGCGCCACCUAAUGGCCACAUCGCGCCGGUGCAAGCCGAGUACAUCCUGAAGGACCGCUUGGCCGUCUUCUGCGAGACCGGUUACGAGCUGCUCCAAGGAGCUUUGCCCCUGAAAUCCUUUGCUGCGCUCUGUCAGAAAGAUGGAUCUUGGGACCAGCCGAUGCCCACGUGCAGCAUUGUUGACUGCGGCCCUCCGGAUGACCUGCCCACGGGCCGAGUGCAGUACAUCACAGGCCCCGAAGUGACCACGCACAGAGCCGUGAUUCAGUACCACUGUAACGAGGUCUUCUACACAAUGACCCCUAACGACGGUAAAUACGUGUGUGAGGCUGAUGGAUUCUGGACGAGCUCCAAAGGAGAAAAAUCACUCCCCGUCUGUGAGCCUGUGUGUGGAGUAUCAACUCGUACCACGGGAGGUCGAAUAUACGGAGGGCAGAAGGCACAGCUCGGGGACUUCCCCUGGCAAGUGCUGUUACUAGGCCAGACCACAGCUGCGGGCGUGCUCCUGCGGGACAGCUGGAUCCUAACGGCGGCGCACGCUGUGUACGCGCAGAAGGAAGCUGCCUCCUCCUUGGACAUCAGACUGGGUACCCUGAAGAGGCUGUCGGCUCAUUACACACAAGCCUGGGCUGAGGCCAUUUUUACACAUGAAGGUUAUACUCAUGGCGCUGGCUUUGAUAACGACAUAGCACUGAUUAAACUGAAGAACAGAGUUGCAAUCAACAGCAACAUCCUGCCUAUCUGCUUGCCAGGAAAGGAGGCCGAAUCCUUUAUGAGGACAGAUGACCUUGGAACUGCAUCAGGAUGGGGGUUAACCCAGAGGGGUUUUCUUGCCAGAGAUCUAAUGUUUGUUGACGUACCAAUUGUCGACCAUCAGAAAUGCUCCGCUGCGUACGAGAAGCUGGCCUUUCCGGGGGGGAGGGUGACAGAGAACAUGCUCUGCGCUGGCUUAGAUGGCGGGGGCAAGGACAGCUGCAGAGGGGACAGUGGGGGGGCGCUAGUGUUUCUGGAUAAUGAGACACAGAGAUGGUUUGUGGGAGGAAUAGUGUCCUGGGGUUCCAUCAAUUGUGGGGAAGCAAAUCAAUAUGGAGUCUACACCAAAGUUAUUAACUACAUUCCCUGGAUCAAGAACAUAAUUAGUAAUUUUUAAUUUGUAGGUCUUCAACGAUUCCUUAGUUUUAAAAAUCCCUGCAAAAGCUCUUAGUAGCCAUGUGGCCUGAGAGCCACGAACUUGGCAGUUGUUGCUCUAACCCCAAACCACUGCCACACCACGAAUCAGCCUGCCCUUCCCAGCACUUCUCACUCGUCAGUUUUUCACCCCUUACUCUUUGACUCAAGGGGACACAGAUGAUUAGGCCGGAUCACCUUUGCCAAUCCAACAGAAACUCACUGGUUAAAUAUGCAUUUAAUUACUUACAAGUCCAGUAUCUUUUGUACUGUUUCUCUACAUUUCUACAGAUUGCCUGUUCAUGUUCUCUAAUUUUCCAUUUGGGGGCUUGUUCUUAUUGAUUUC